AUGAAAGAACACAUCAUCUAUCAGAGGCUUUAUGGAUUGGUUGUCAUGUCAAGUUUCAUGUUUCUAUCAGAUACACUUUCACUAAAAGGAAAAAAGCUGGAUUUUUAUGGAAGACAUGACACAUAUGUCAGCUUGGCCAACACCAUUCCUGAGCUCAGCCGAUUCACUGUAUGCAUUGAUCUGGUGAGCAUGGUUGACAAGUCAAGUUAUUGGAUGGCCUUCUCCUAUAUUACUAAGAGCACCAUCCUGGGCAGAGAAGUCAUAGAUCUUGGACUUGCAGGGGACCAUCAGCAGCUAAUCCUAUACAACUUGGGCAAGACCUUUUAUAUCAGACGCCGCCUGACUCCACUUCAAUGGCAUACGGUAUGCUUGAUAUGGGAUGGUGCAAAAGGAAGAUUAGAGCUCUUCCUGGAUAAAGAAAGGAUACUAGUAAUAAUGGACCGGCCACACAGCCUGACACCUAAUGGGACUCUGGUCUUAGGACACUUUCCCAAGAAUAGAGAGAAUCAGGUUCAAAGCAGGAGACUUCACUUUACUGGCAGCUUGUACUACUUUCAACUCUGGGACCGCGUCCUGGAAAAAGAGGAGUUUAUGAAGUGUUUGGAUGGAAAUAUAGUUAGUUGGGAAGAAGAUAUUUGGCUUGUCCACAAGAUCAUCCCAACUCCUGACAGGAGACUCCGCUGCUUUGUUUUUGAAAAUAUGACAGUUCAAGAAAGAAGUACAACUCUUUCACAGCAAAUAGAUUUGACAAUUCCCUCCCAAAUCACUGGACUGAAACCACAAGAGACUAUACAUUCCUCUACAGUGAUGUCAAAAAGCAUGCCUGUGUUCGUAACUGAUUACACAACCAUAUCAUAUUCCAAUACAAUAUCUCCACCUCUGGCUACAAUGACUGUAUCAAAAAUUUUAAACACAUCCUUAUCUGGGACAGCUACAUUUGCAGAUAUCUUGUCUACUUCAAUAGCCACCACUUUGCCUACCCAGAGUACAUCCAUACAUGCUACCACUGGUUCCAUGAAAAUAACUAAAUACCCAUCUUCAGAGAGCACAAGGACAACAAAAAUGGUGGAAGCCAUAGCUACUGAGAAAUUUCAUCCAACUACAGCUACUAAUUUCUUUUCCACGUCAGGAUUUAUCAAAAAUUCCUUUGUAUCUAAAACUUCAGCAACCGAAUCUCAGUCAGCCAUUAUGAAGACAACUUUAUUCUCAACUACUGAGUCAACAUCCAAUUCUACAACAUCUUGGCCAAAACACAAAUCCACAGAUUUUGCAGCACUCUCUAUCUCCGCAUCUGCACAGGAAUAUCUUAUAGCUACAGCUGUGAGCACUGUACCUUGGUCCACAGUAGAAGAAACUACAGCUAUAACUACUGGGACUGGGAGUUCAUCAGCCUUCACGCCUGAGUCUCUGCUCACCUCCACAGCUGCUCCCAUGAAUUCUGAAGUUCCUAGAAAUCAGACAUCGUCAACACUGGCUACGCCUGAUAUGGAAGUAACAUUUACAGUUCAUUCAGUGAGGCCUAUUGAGACCACGCCUGUCCUAAGAACAGCAGAAACAGAAUUGGCAUCUCCAAAAUUCCAGGGUGUCUCUUUGCCCAGCAUGGAGGAUGCCAUGUCUACUUCCAUGCCCAAAGAGACCUCUUCCAUGGCCCUUUAUCCCAUGACUUCCUCUAUAGUCAUUGGAACUCAGAGUGUACAGAUGGUUACUGAUGCUGAGAGUACACAUACAGCCUUAACUCCUGGAAUCACACUUGCACCUACAGUGGCCGAAACUAUGCUCUCCCCCACAAGUGCAAGGCCUGUGUGUACCCAGAAUACACCCACAGCUGGUGAUCAUAUGCUUACUCUGACUCCCACUAAAUCAGCUUCCACACCUGAGGCAUCUGAAUCAGUUCCUGCAUCUGUAACUGAUGAAACAGCCCAUUGGUUCUCCACCAACAAGACCACUUGGACUUCUAGGCCAGGCCAGACCCUACUGACAUCUACUAAUUCGCCUACCAUACUUACAGUUGUACCUAAUGAAAAUUUCACAUCAGCAUUUCAUGACAAUACUACUAACACAGAAAUUUCAUCCACAGGUAUUAAUAUCGCCCCACCAGAAGCAUCCACAGAGAGCAAGGCUACCGCCAGCACUGAUGCUACUGCAGCCAGAUAUACAACCGCUCUAUUCAAAUCGACAUCUCCACAGUUUGCUGACUUCUCCAGUGUUUCUGAAACCACAUCUGUCACCAGUCUGCCUGAGUUUAAAGUCACCACCUUACUACUGAAAACUAUCCCUGUGUCCACAGUAGCUGUAAGUGAACAUUCUCUAAUACCGAGGGAGACAGUUGUUCCAUCAGUAGCUACCACUGCUGAUAUGAAACGAAAUCUUUCAACUGAAGAGAGCACUUCUGAGACCACACAAGCAGAAACAAAUGGUACAAGCACAUCUGUUGAUACAACGACCCCUGUACCAAAGACUGCAACAACACCAAGAGUCAAUGCCACUGUGAUGAGAAAAGAAACAACUUCCCAUCAUCUUGGGGAAACAUCAACGAUAGCAACAGUAGCUGAGGCUUCUCCAUUUUCAGCAGUGCUGGAAGAAGCAACAGAUGAAUCAUCACAAACAGCUUCUGUCACCUUUUCUCCUUUUCCUGAUACAGAAAAAUUAACAACCACAUUGGAUAAUAAAAUUGUAACUUCUGAGAUGGGAUGGAGUUGGUUUUCGACAAAACUGAUGAAAAGUACACCUAAGAAUUCAUACAAUGGAACUACAGAAAUAUUGAAUUCCACCCAUACCUAUACCACACCUUGGACUUCAGAGACACCUGAGGGAAAUUCAACUCCAUCUCCCACUUCUGGGAGUACUCAGACAUUCAAUCCCCUGGGUGCUUCCACCACAAGCAUAUUGGAAACUAGUUUCAGCACUGCUCCUACAGACAGAACAGCUAUGUCCUUGUCUGCCAGUAUCUUGCCUGCACAGACUACAGCUCUGCAUUUCUCAGCAACCACUACUCCUGUUACCCAUACAGUCUCACCACCAAAUAAUAUCUCUGUGGUCACCUCUGUGGUGGUGUCUGAUGAGAAUAAGGUGACCACGCCAGAGCCUUCUACUGUGGCCAUCGAUUUCUCCACAUCUGUGCUCUCAGAUGUUUCCACUCUGUCAUCAGCUACAAUGACCACAGCAUCAGGAACACCACUGGGCAAAACAGCUUCCACAACUAGCAAUACCUUGUCUACCCACAGAGACUCACUUUAUACCACUUCAGAGGCCACAGUGAUCUCUGCCACAAUGACAUUCACAGCAGCUCCCUCACUGAAAAAAACUCUGGUACCCUCCCUGAGACCCCUCACUCCUAUGACAACAAAGGCUAAGUCCACCCUUCCUUCCACCUCAACUGGAACAGUAACUCCAUCCAUACACACUCUUCUCUGCUCAAAACCGCCCCCUGACAACAUUCCUAUCGUGACCUCUGCUCAUGUGAUCUCAACUACAGCUACACCAGUAGCAACUCAACCCGUAUCGCAAGUGGAGGAGACUUCUACCCCUGCUCUUAGCUUUCCGUAUACUUCCAGUGGUGGAGAAGAUGUUGUUAGCUUAGCUACCGGCACCACACAGACCUCUACUGUUGAUGCGACCAUGCCCUCACACACCUCAGCCAACAAGCUUGCUACCUUAGGAGGCAUUCACAUUUCUCCAUCUUCCAAACUUCCUGUAAACACACAGGUCUCCACCCAACUGGUGACUGGCACCUCUACUUCAUCUUCUGACAAAGAGCAGAUGACCAUCUCUCUGGGGAAAACCCCUCGAACUAUGCAAGUGACAGAAAUUUCUCCAUCCAAGGAUUCUUUCAUUUCCUACUCUCAGACCACUUCAGACUUGGAAAUGACAGAUAUGGGAUUCUCUGAGACCACAGAAAUUUCCAACCACCAAACACAUUUAUCUACAGAGAUUCCACUUGGGACUUCACCUGAUGGAAAUUCAGCUGUACCUUCCACUUCUGCGAGCACACAGAGUAUACAUAUCUUGACCUCAAGUAACACAGUGGAUGUUCAUAUUUCAGAAAUGUCUACCAGUCUUGAGAAAACAUCUCUCCCUUCACAGGCUCUGACAAUAACGAAAAUUUUACCUCCUGAAAAAGAAAGUGCAAGUGUCCUUUCAGUGUCCUUGGAAAGUGUUAGUUGUGGAAAGUGUCCUUUCCACACUCCCAAGAGUGUGGAAAUGAUAGUAAGUUCCUCCUCUGUGACUCACCCUGUCUCCACUGUCCAGGAUACUUCAUUUGCAAAUAUCACAACCUCAAGAACAACCAUCAGCACAAGUCUUUCACACUUGUCUUCACUUAAGACUCAACCUGAGGUGACUUCAGUUGCUUCUUCCAUUUCUGAAAGCACUCAGGCUUUCCCUAAGUCCCUGAUGCCUUCCACAACUGGACUAUCUAAUGCCAAUUUUACAGUUAACUCUAAUGAUGGGAUCACUACAGCUGUUUCUGUUCCAAAUGCACCUACAACACUCUCUGGGGAAACCUCUUUGGAAACGUCAAUUCCUAUUUACAAGAUGUCUCCAUCACCAGUUAAUGUCACUGCCUUCGCCUCCAAAAAUGUUUCCACUACUCCCACAAUACUAAUAACUAAACCUUCUAAAACAACACGGCCAGGUUGUUUGAAAAGUCCCUCUGUAGCUACCUCUGGGCCUUUGUCUGAGAUGUCCUCAAUGCCAGUUAAUGACUCUGCUUUUUCACCUACAGUGGUUUCUUCUGACACUUCCAGGGAAGUUGGGUCAUUUUCUACUUUAUUGUCUUCAACUACCCCCAGGACUACCAUGAACAUACAAACAUCUACAUUGGCUGUCACACCUGUGACAUAUGCUGGGCCUACUUCCAAAAAAAGUUCAGUGAUUUCCUCUGCUUUCACUAACUCAGAAAUGACAAACAUGUCUUCCAAGAUCACACCUACAUCUGUUUUUGCUCCAACAGAACCAACUUUUCCAUCCACAAAAACCAUUUCAACCAUGGCUAGGGUAGUGACUUCAGAUGUAGGUACCACUGCCUCCUCUCUACUCAAUUCUAAGAACACUGAAGCUAUUUCAUCCAUUCCAAAGACCACAUUUUCUCCAUUACCAUCAACAACCCAGCUAUCAUUGCGAGACGAGACUACAACUCCAAGCAUAUUACCUGGCAUUACUAACAGCUCCUUUUCUACUAUGAGCAGCGGUAAAGUGACAGAUUUCACAAAUACUUAUUCCAGAACUGCUGUCCCUGAAAGUGGGCUUUCACCUACUCCUUCAGAUAAUGCUCAUACUUCCCUGGCUACUCAGGUUUCUCCAUCUUUGACCAGCUUAAAGCGCACUCCUGGACCCACAGAAAAUGUAAAAGCCAUCACUGCGUACCUUUCCUCUCAUACCAAAAAGAUGACUUCCUCAUCAGAAAAUACUUUCUUAACAACUGAGUUAACAAAAAGUGCCACAUCUGUGAAUACUUCUGCUUUAUACUCUCCAUGGACCCCAUCCAGUACAACUACACUCUCUUUGACAUCACUUCUUCAUUCACUUCAUAGUACAGAAGCCAAGUUCUCUACUCCAAAGCUCUCCCCUCCUCCUACAUCCCAAAUGGUUGAAUUUCCAGUUCUGGGAACAAGAAUUACAUCUAGUAAUACUCAGUCUCUGCUUACAACUUCCUGGAACACACCCACCAUGACUCGUGUACCCACACCCAACAAGAUGGAAACAGAGACUCUACACCUUAUUCCUGGGUCUUUGUCAACAUUUGCAGCUUCUCAGACUGGUCUAGUUUCUAGAGGUGUUAUGGCAACAUCAUCAUUUCCUACACCAGAAAUUCUUCCUUCCUUUGGGCCUUCUGAGAGCCGUUCAUCAUCAAUAUCUUCAAGAGUUCUCUCUACCACUUUGGCUGACAUUAAGCACCCAUUUGAGAAAAAAUCCACAUUUGUAACCCCUGGAACCACCCUCCUAUCAAGUCCUCCUACAGUUUCCAAGGCUGCUACUUCACCUAUGCUGACUUGGAUAUUAUCUAGUCUCCCUUCAGGCUCCCCCCUGACAAUGGGAUCUAAUGCUUCUCCUGCUCCAACAUCCUCUAUAGUAAAGGUGUCAAAAUCCACAUUUUUAACUUCGGACACGAUACCAACAUACCCAUUCACUAACUUUGCCACACUACCCUUUGCUACAGGAAGCACCAUACUCACCAAAACCCCUCCUGUAUCUACACUAGGCAGUAUCACUUCUGGCUCCCCAACUUCUCUCCCUAUAUCUACAAAAACCGCAGAUGCCACUGUACACAUUUUUGCAUCCCCUGAGGCAUCCUCCAGAACCACCAUGACUGACAAUUCCAGGACUGUGUCUCAAUCUCUGACCUAUAGUGGAAUGAGUGCAUCACCUUCUACAACUGACCACGCCCACACGAUAUCUGUUGGUUCCACACCACCACCACCUAGCCCUACAAAAAUGACUGCAUGGAGCAGAUUUCCAGCUGCAUCAGCAUCCUCUGCUUUAAUUCCUCCUAAGCCCACCCUGGACUCCCUUAUAAAUACAAUCACUACUAAACCCACUGCUACUGGAGCCUCAAUUCCACUCAUAUCCACUGAGGUGACACAUCCUACAGCAACUGUGUCUUCACUAAUCUCUUCCUCUUUUGAGACAACCUGGCCGGACUCCACAUCUUCCAUCCCAUCUACAGAAUCAUUCACUUCACCAACUGCUGCCAGAUCCCCAGUUUCCUUCUACAAUAUUGAAAUGAGCUUGUCUAUCUCUGAAGAAGAGCCAAAGGUUCCUAUUACCAGUGUUAUAAAUGAAUUUGCAAGAAAUUGGUUGAAUUCUGUAUUUCAGCACAGUGAAUUUUCUCUUGCUAAUCUGGCUAUUCAAAUUAAUGGCAG